AUGCGAUUUGCCAAAUACAUCGCAAGCAAGAAUUUGAACGUCCGAGCAGCUGAACUGACCGAAGUUUUGAACCAUUUCCAGUUCGUUCUGGAGCAGUGUCCAGUUAAUCAUCCUCAUCGUGCUACUGCUCUGACUAAUCUCGCGUGGGCCCGCCUUCAAGGGUACAUUCUCAAGGACCUUGAAGACAUUGACUUGACUAUAUCUCUAUUCCGCGACGCCCUUGCAUUGUGCCCGCAGCACCACCCCAAUUAUCCUUUUUAUAUCUAUCAUCUCACCGAAGCAUUGACUAGACGCCCGACUACUGCUGCCAGCAUCCGCGAAACCGCCCAGCUCUAUCAUGAGCUACUACCUCUCUGUCGUGAGGGCACAUACCUUUGGAGCAUCGCAACAGGGGACAAUUGCAUCGGUCAUGUCAUCCGCGAAUGCAACAAUUUACCAAUAGACGUGUCCGAUGAAGGCAUCCACCUUCGACGAAUUGUGCUUCAGCUCUGCCAACUGGGUCAUCAAUGCCAUCUCGAUGCCCUUGCUAAGCUUGCAAAGGUACUAGAAGUGCGCUUCGAACAACGCGGCAGCAUUGAUGAUAUAAACGAGAGCAUACAACUCCGUCGUGAUGCCGUUUCCCUGUGCCCUGAGGGACAUCCCGAUCGUGGUACCUACUUGAGAAGCUUGGCUGUGGCACUCAGCGACUGCCGCUUCAAUCACGAAGGAAAAUCUCAUGACAUCGAUGAAGCCAUCUCUUUGCACGAGGAAGCGCUGCUCCUUCACCCUGUUGGACAUGAAUCUCGUGAUAGAGCACUGAGCAGCCUAGGACGUGCCAUCCUCUACCACUUCCAACAAUGCAGUGGUGUCAGUGAUAUUAAUGAUGUCAACAGGGCAAUCAACCUCCAUCGUGAAACACUGAUGUUGCGACCACCUGGACAUCCACGACGCGAUAUCACUUUCAAUGACCUUGCCUGCGCGCUCGUCGUUAGAUAUCGUAGCGUGCAUACCGGCGAUGAUCUUGAUGAGGCCAUCGGGCUGUUCCGUGAAUCCCUUCUACACCCAACGCAAGGCUUUCCACAGCGCAUUCAAGCAGCUUCAAGCUGGGUUGUUACAGCCGAGAAUUAUUGUCAUGAAUCUGCGCUCGAGGCCUAUGCAAUGUGUUUCGAGCUUCUUGAUGGUCAUUUGGCAACACGAUCAACUACUAUCUCACGUCGCGAAGCUGCCGCUGCCUUUUAUUAUACCAGGUCACUGCCUGCAGAUGCAGCAUCGUGUGCCGUGCGCCGUGAAAAUCUAUCAAAGGCGGUCGAACUCGUGGAACAGGGCCGUGGCCAACAGUGGUCACUGGCCUCCCGACUCAGGACUCCGCUCGAGGACCUCAACUCCACGAAUCCCCUCAUAGCCAAAGAAUUCUUGAUCCUUAGCAAUCGCUUGUCCAACGUCCAAGGUUUUACAGGCAAUGCAGACCAAGUUACAGCAUAUAGGGCCGAGAAAGAGUACAGGACGCUUACGAAGCAGUGGAAUGCUGUCGUAGCUGAAAUCCGUAACCUUCGGGGUUUCUCGCGAUUCUUGCUCUCCCCCUCGUACAAGGAACUACAAGCGGCAGCACGCCAGGGCCCAGUCAUUAUACUUAUUGCGAGUAAAUACUCAUGCAGUGCCGUUAUUGUCCCUACGGCAGGAGAGCCCCACCAUGUCGCCUUCCCGGGGCUAGCUCUUGCAGAUCUGGAGAAGCUCAAGGAUGACUUCGUCAAGGCGAUACGCCACGCGGCUGGUAUGCGCCAAGAGGAUCCGAGGAAGGAGUUGCGAGUUUUGCUGCGUACUGUAUGGAAAGAUAUCAUGCUACCCAUUGUCAACACCCUCCGACAUGUCCUGAAAUUGCAGGAACAGUCUCGAAUAUGGUUGUGUCCAACAGCAGCCUUUACUGGUAUCCCUCUCCAUGCGGCUCACCCCUUUCGGAUGGGGACGAAGAAGGGCUGCCCCGAACCGGAGGAAUGCCUAGAAGAUAUCUAUAUCUGCUCUUACACGCCGACACUUUCGGCUUUGAUCAGAGCAAGGCAGGCGAUGAAGACGUGCGCGGCACCAACUUUCGUGGCCAUCGGACAAAGUCAACCAGGCACAGGGCAGGGCACGGUGCUUGCCACUGUUGACAGCGAGCUUGACGAUGUCCAUAAACAUGUUCCCUCCAAUGUCAAGUUCACCAACCUUUCUGGCGACGAAGCCACACAUGCAGGUGCACUCGAAGCUUUGCGAUGCAACACCUGGGUGCAUCUCGCUUGUCAUGGCAAACAGGACCAUGAUCAACCUUACAAUUCACGUUUCGCCAUGAGAGACAAACCUCUCACACUGCUUGAUAUCAUGGAGAACAACUCUCCACAAGCUGAGUUCGCAUUCUUAUCAGCGUGUCAUACCGCCGCUGGUGAUAAGGAAACGCCCGACGAGGUCAUCCACCUUGCAGCUGGUCUGCAGUUUUCAGGUUUCAAAAGCGUGAUUGGGACACUGUGGGCGGUCGAUGACGCUGUCGCAAAACAUGUCGUCAAAGCUUUCUACGAGCAUAUGUUCGAGGGUUUGAAGAAGGGCGUCAUGGACUGUACAAAGGCAGCCUGGGCUCUAAACCAUGCUACGGCUGCCGUGAAGAAUAAGGUGCCGCUCGAGCAGAGAAUUCUUUUCAUUCAUAUCGGUGUGUAG